AUGGAGGCGGUGAAGGAAGCAUGCUCGGAGUACGGCUUCUUCCAGAUCAUCAACCACGGCGUCCCCACCACACUCAUGGACCGAGCCCUCCAACUCUCCUCCACAUUUUUCAACUUCUCCGACGACGAGAAGCGCAAGUUCAGCGCCCCACCGGUUGCUCCUUUGCCCGCCGGAUACAACCGCCAGCCGCUCCACUCUCCGGACAAGAACGAGUACCUUCUCAUGUUCCCUCCUUCCUCCCCCUUCAACGUCACCCUCACCCGCCCUCCCGACCUCGGGGAGGUCGCGGAGGAGGUUUUCUCGCGCCUGAGCAAGACGGGGUCACUGAUAGAGGGGAUCAUCAACGACUGCUUGGGGCUUCCGGCCGGAUUUCUGGGCGAGUACAACUCCGACAGGAACUGUGACAUAAACAACAAUUACAACCGGAAAAAGUACAACAAAAGAAUCCAAAUUAUUCAAUAA